CUCUUUUUAAUUCAAGCAACAACACGUCGUUCUCCAUAUACUCUUUCUCCCCCCAACCAACUACCUACCUUUACUACCAAACUUAAACUCCAAACAUACUUCAAAACCGCAACCUCUUUCUUUUUCUUUCCGCUCUCAAACAACAAAUCUUUGGCACUUUUGGCGAAACAAAAGUAGUGCUACAGCUUUCUUACGUCUUCUUUUAUCCAAAGCAACCCAAGUUUGUAAAAGCAAAACCAGCUUCCCAAAACGCCCAACACGGAUAGGAAUUCGUUAUCACCACCAUCAGCAGCCUCCUCUGCUGGCCAGCAACAAUCAUCUCGCCCUUUACAAUCCAUUGACCCAUCUUCUUCAACCGGUUUGCCGAAACGAAAACGCCAACGUCUAAAUUAUACCCUAAGCGAUAGUACAACCAACGACGACGACAUGCAAAUCAAAGACAGCAACCACACCAACAACCACACAGCUGCUGACGCUGCUGCUGCUACUAUCACCACGGACUCCCAACAAAGUAAUGGCAAAUCGUCAGUGGACGCUUCACCUGACAUGCUCGGUCGUGUCAAGAAAGAAGAGCUGGUGCGACUGAUAUUGCAGUCUUUGAAUGACCUUGGUUAUCGCGAUGCUGCGGGAGCACUUCAAAAAGAUUCUGGGAUCGCACUUGAAACAGACACAAUUACUCGUUUCCGUGGAGGGAUUCUAUCGGGCGAUUGGCGGCUGGCCGAAUCAUUGCUGGCUACCUUGCCGGGAAUACAAACCAACGACUUACUGCAAGCACAGUUCCUGAUUAGACAGCAAAAGUUCUUGGAGCUGCUCGAGGCACAAAAGACAAUGAAGGCUUUACAUGUAUUAAGAAAUGAGUUGACACCGCUUGGUCAAAGUAUCGAACGGCUGCAUCAAUUAUCAAGUUUAAUAUUCUGCUCGUCAGUGGAAGAUAUCAAAUCACAAGCACAAUGGGACGGUGCAGGCGGAACAUCACGGCAACAGUUGCUUGUUGAUUUACAAAAUUAUAUCCCGCCAUCGAUUAUGAUCCCGAACGAACGGCUGCUGACAUUAAUUAACCAAGCAUAUGAAUGGCAGCGACGAGGAUGUCUUUACCAUAGUGACAGCACAGCUGACUUCUCUCUAUUUGCGGAUCAUGUUUGCGACAAGAGCUUAUUCCCAUCCUCGACUAUUCGAAUCUUGGAAGGUCACACGGACGAAGUAUGGCAUCUAUCUUUCUCAAACAGUGGUCGAUAUCUGACGUCGGUAUCAAAAGAUAAAACAUGCAUUGUCUGGGAUAUGACUACAUUUGAGAAAGUACAGAUUCUUGCGGGUCAGGACGAGUGUGCAUCUUAUUGUGCAUGGUCGCCGGAUGAUUCCAAGUUACUGGUUUGUGGUAUAGACACGUCAUUAGUACUAUGGGAUCCAUUGAACGGAAACCUGUUGCAUACAUAUACCGAACACAAAGAUCAAGUAACCAGCUGUGUGUGGCUACCUGAUGGAGAACAUUUCAUCUCUGGAGCAUGCGAUACUACCUUAUGUCUAUGGCAUAUAGAUGGUCGAAUCCAAAAUACGUGGCCAGCACAUCGAACUGUCGACAUGAAAAUCACACCAGACGGACGACGAUUGGUCACUAUCAGCUUCGACAAGUAUAUCGGAAUCUACGACCUCGACGAUCUUAAAUUAAUGGAUGUUGGCAAAAUUUCCGAGAAUGAAAUGAUCACUUCACUGACAAUCACUAAAGACGGUCGAUAUGCACUCACAAAUGUCCAGGAUUCGCAAGAAUUGCACUUAUGGGACUUGGAUGAACAACAGCUCGUACGGAAGUACUCUGGACAGAAGCAAAAGUCUUUUGUUAUUCGUUCAACGUUGGGCGGCGAUGAUGAAUCAUUUGUCUUGAGCGGUAGUGAAGAUAAUUGCGUGUACGUGUGGAGUCGGGAACAUCAGACGCUCCUGGAAGUACUGGAAGGGCAUACAGGAACGGUAAACUGUGUAAGUUGGUGUCCUGUUGGAUUACCCAAGUUUGCAUCGGCCAGUGACGAUCAAACCAUUCGAAUCUGGGGUUUACCGAAUGAAGCACAGAAUGGUCAAGAUAAGAUUCAUGUAUAGCUUGCUUCUUUCUCUCCGUCUCUCUGUUUACCCUUCCUUGCCCCUUCUCUGUACAGGAACAGCCUUCUUUUGCGAUGAUUACUAUGCUUGUCUAUAUAUCUUUUCUAUUUUCCGUCUGUACAGAAAUAACAAC